AUGCAUAUCUGGAUCCUAAAAAUAAUCCUUCUGAUUGCAUCAUCUCUGAGGCUGGUUGAGAUGUAUGACAAUUAUGGGGAGAUCUGCCGAAACCUGUGCACAUGCGAGGAGAAGGAAGGGAUCCUGACGGUGAGCUGCGAGAACCGGGGCAUCAUCAGACUCACGGAGAUCAGCCCGGUCCACUUCUCCAUGUACCACCUCCUGCUGACGGGGAACCUCCUGAAGAAGCUGUCGGUCAAUGAUUUCAUCAAUUACACCGGGGUGACCAUACUGCACUUGGGGAACAAUGACAUCUCCGAGAUCGAGUCGGGUGCCUUCAAUGGACUCCAGGGAUUAAAAAGGUUGCACCUGAAUAACAACAAGAUCGAGGUUCUGAGGGAUGACACCUUUGCGGGGCUGGAGAGUUUGGAAUACCUACAGAUUGAUUACAAUUACAUCACCAACAUAGAGCCCAACGCCUUGAGCAAACUGCACCAACUGACAGUGAUGAUUUUGAAUGACAACCUACUCUCCGCCCUGCCUCCGAACAUCUUCCGGAAUGUCCCCCUCACGCACUUGGACCUGAGGGGGAACCGGUUGAAAAUGUUCCCCUACAUUGGCCUCCUGGAGCACAUGGACAAAGUUGUGGAAUUACAACUGGAGGAGAACCCGUGGAAUUGCUCCUGCGAGCUCAUCGCUCUCAAGGCCUGGCUGGAGAGCAUAGCCUACACGGCUCUGGUGGGCGAGGUGGUGUGCGAGACGCCGUUCAGGCUCCACGGCAGGGACCUGGACGAGGUGUCCAAGCAGGAACUCUGCCCGCGAAGACCCCUCGAAGACACGGUCAGGCCUGCACCCCCUAGCAGCACCAAUGGAUAUUACCAGACCACGCCAGCUGCUGUCACAGCCUCUGCCACCUCUUCGGCUGUUUUUAGGUCCUCUUCUAGGCCUACCAAGGGCACACGGCAAUUUAACAGAACUAGGUUAAAGCCCACUUCUCGAAUACCAGGCGGUAACCCGUACAACUAUGGCCCCAUCAUUGCUUUUCAGACCAAAUCUCCUGUGCCUUUGGACUGCCCCACUGCCUGCACAUGUAAUCUGCAGAUAUCUGAAAUUGGGUUAAAUGUCAACUGCCAAGAGAGAAAGAUUGAAAGCAUUUCUGAUCUAAAACCCAAGCCAUACAAUCCGAAAAAAAUGUAUCUCACUGGAAAUUACAUCCCUGUGGUGCGGAGAUCCGAUUUUGUCGAUGCCACUGGAUUGGAUUUGCUUCACCUGGGAAACAACAGGAUAACUCUGAUCCACGACCGGGCUUUUGGGGAUUUAACCAACCUACGUAGGCUGUAUUUAAAUGGUAAUCUCAUGGACAGGCUUACAGGAGAAAUGUUUUUCGGUUUGCAGAACUUGCAGUAUCUUUAUUUAGAGUACAACAAAAUCAAGGAGGUCGAUGCGGGCACUUUCCGCUACCUCCCUAAUCUCCAGCUGCUUUUCCUCAACAAUAACCUCCUGAAAACUUUACCCGUGGGCAUAUUUUCCAGCCUCUCCCUGUCUCGGCUUAAUCUGCGUAACAACCACUUCCAAAACCUGCCUGUGAGUGGUGUUUUAGAUCAGCUGAAGCUGCUGGUGCAGAUAGAUCUGUUCGAAAACCCCUGGGACUGCUCCUGCGACAUAGUGGGGAUGAAGAUAUGGCUGGAGCAGCUCAGCGCGGGCACCGUGGUGAACGAGGUGGUGUGCGAGACGCCCAAGCGCCACACAGGACUGGACGUGCGCUCCAUCCAGUCGGAGCAGCUCUGCCCGGACUACUCCGACGCAUACGUCUCGCCGACUCCCCCUACGGACGAGCCCAUGGACGACCGGGUUGUCACCACGGAUGCUCCGCAGAAGUUCAACACCCCCAGCAGCACCGUCCCCCUCUCUGUCCUCAUCCUCAGCCUCCUGCUUGUUUUCAUCAUGUCUGUCUUCGUGGCUGCGGGGCUCUUUGUCGUGGUGAUGAAAAAGCGCAAAAAGUCACAGAGCGACCGCACGAGCACCAACAACUCAGAUGUCAGCUCUUUUAACUUGCAGUACAGCCUCUACAGCAACCGCUCCGGCCCUAAAGUUAAAGCCCCGGCCGGUCACGUCUACGAGUAUAUUCCACAUCCCAUGGGCCACAUGUGCAAAAAUCCCAUUUACAGGUCGCGGGAAGGGAACACGGUGGAGGAUUACCGUGACCUCCAUGAGCUCAAGGUCACGUACAGGAGUACCCCGGAUGAGGAGAGGGAUAGUAGCACGAUGAGGAGCCCCACGUACAGCGUGAGCACCAUCGAGCCACGAGAAAACCCUUCCCCCGUCCAGGAUGCAGACCAUUUCUUCAGAGGCAUCCUCGAGCCGGACAAGCAGUCCCCCCAUCAGUCCAUCCCCUCCAUCCCAGCAGGUGCCAAUUUAGAGUACAAGUACACAGGGCCUGUGUCGUACACGUACAACCCAAAUUUUGAUGUCAGACGUCAAUUCUUGCACCCGGAGAGGAUAAGAGAAACAGUGCUCUAUGGCACAGCACCCAGUACUGUUUAUGUCGAGCCCAACAGAAACGAGUAUUUGGAGCUAAAAGCUAAACUGCAGUCUGAGCCCGAUUACCUCGAAGUUCUUGAGAAACAGACCACCUUUAGCCAGUUCUGAGCAACAGAAUCAUUAAUGUAAUGAAGCAUUUUCUCUCUUGACCCCUCCUCGAAGCAGCGGCUCAGUCUAUAAGGGUGCCUUGGCACAACACAAACGAAGCGAAUACGGAAAGGAGUUGAAACGGGGUGUGCCGAACAAUCUUAUUCUUAUUUCUGAAACAUGACAUUACAGGAAUGGAUACAGCUUUCUGAAACAUGGAUGAACAAAAUUGCUCUACUUAACUGAUGAUGCA